UAAUAGUGCAUCGGAGGUUUUCGUUCCUUGGCCGAUGUGUGAUACGUGCAUAAUGGGCAGUGUAAUUCGUGAUACGUCCGCUCGUAUUGCAUUCUUAUCACGCUCGCACGAAUGCAACGGUGCACUGCGAGAUACCGAAGGGAAAAUAAUAGACGAAAAAUGUGAAACCUAUUUGUAACCGCAGAUAUAAAAGGAAAUAAUCCGAUUAUUUAAUGUCGUAGAAUCCACGGACACAGUAUCUCUGUAAAAAAAAAAAAAAAAUUAAUAAUAAUUAUUUCGUAUCCGUGUUGAAUAAUUUUCUUCUUCGUUUCUCCCCCACCCCGAGUCGUGGCGAGACAUUGUCGCUCCCCUCGCUGUGUUGUUAAUUAAAUUAUAUUUCAUACUUUCGUCCGUCCUCCGUCGCAUUACCGUUUGUUAUUUUUCCACCCGUCUGGCACACUUCGAAAAGGACGUUUAUUGUCGUUGUCAUCGUCAUCGCCGCUGUCGUCGUCUAAACACGGAAGCCAUACAGUCACAUUAUGUAGAAAGUAAAAUACAAACUUUUAUUCUCAUUCAAUCGUUUACUCUGUUAAUGUGUUUUAAUGUUUUUGUUUUUAUUAAUUUUCUCACGAAUACGCGCGCACACUCGUUAAAAAUUUAUUCUCAUAUUGAUAAUCGGUAAUUGUCUCCAAACGAUUAUUUGGCUCUUUGCGGAUAGGUACUUGUUGCAAUCAUUACUGUCGUUGUUGUACGCUGGUCCGAACAUCACAAGUUCGGUGAUGGUACAAAAAUCAUUCCCCAUCGCAUGAGUUUUGCUUUUUGUUAAGGGCAACCUGCAAAAUACGUCUACUUUUGACGUAACAGUCUUUGCUGGCCACAUGCAUGGAUUGGAAGCAAAUAAUUCAAAAACAUAGUCGUAAGAUCUUAAAUAGAAUAAGUAUGGACUUGAUGUUAGAAGCAUAUUUAACACACGAAUCAAGUCUCAUGGAUGUGGAGGAUUUACCACAAACAGUGGAACCUGUAUGGAUACUAGGAAAAAAAUAUAGUACAAUUAUUGAUUUACAACAAAUACGAAGUGAUGUUCAAUCCAGAUUAUGGUUUACAUACAGAAAAGGUUUCAUUCAAAUUGGUAAUUCAAAUUUUACCUCUGAUAGAGGUUGGGGAUGUAUGUUGCGGUGUGGUCAAAUGGUUAUUGGUCAAGCUUUAAUCUUUUUGCAUCUUGGGAGAGAUUGGCGCUGGGACCCAGAUAAGAGGGACCUAGAUUAUUUAAAAAUAUUAAGAAUGUUUGAAGAUAAAAGGUCUGCACCCUAUUCAAUCCAUCAGAUUGCUCUUAUGGGAGUAUCCUAUGGUAAGCAAGUAGGCGAAUGGUUUGGCCCAAAUACAAUAGCUCAAGUGUUAAAAAAAUUAGCUGCCAUGGAUGAAUUAAGUUCCCUUGUAUUUCAUGUAGCAUUAGACAACACUCUAGUCAUUAAUGAAGUCAAAAAACUAUGUACUGUAAUGGAACAAACCCCUAAGUCUAACUCUUGUAAAAAAGUUUGGAAACCAUUGGUAUUGGUGAUACCCUUACGUUUAGGAAUUAGUGCAAUCAAUCCUGCUUAUGUUCAAGGAGUUAAAAUGUGUUUUACUUUUCCACAAUCUUUAGGUGUCAUCGGUGGAAGACCAAACCACGCACUGUACUUCAUAGGUUUCGUAGGCAAUGAUGUUAUAUUUUUGGACCCUCACACAACUCAGCAAAUAGGAAUGUUACCGAACAAAGAUAUAGAAACAGAACAUAAAAUUGACAAUUCAUAUCAUUGUCAGCAAAUAAAUAGGCUACCAAUUCUUAACAUGGACCCAUCACUUGCUGCUUGUUUCUUAUGUCAGACUGAAGAUGAUUUCAAUUCACUGUGUCAAGAACUAAAAAUACAUUUAGUCCAAUCUGAUCAGGCACCAUCACAAUCACUUAUCACUAUAUGUGAUGACCGACCAUCUAAUUGGACAUUAGAUAGUACUGGAAAUCUAUCCGCAUCAUCUGAUAAUAUGGCUGUAUCAUUAUCAGACUUGGAAUUGAACGAUAAAAAAAUGUUAACGGAUUCAGAUGAUGAUUUUGAACUUUUGUAAAAAGUACAAAUUUAUGGGAUUUUGUAAAACUUUGAACAUACAUAUGACCUAAGCAUAUGCAUGUACAGCCAUGCAUACACAUAUAUAUAGUUGAUUACAAAUGUUUUUCUAUGCAUCGAGGGAAAAUAUAUAUUUAUUCAGUACAAUUCUGGUCAUCAGCACAACAAUAUUUUGAACCAAAAUAAAAUUAUUUAUUAGAUUGUUUUAUAAUUUGCAAAUUUGUUUUAAAAACUAUUAUUAAUACCAGUU